UAAAGUAUACAUAUGUAUGUAACGGAUCUAUGUUAGUAUAUAUUUAUUGAAUAUAUUUUAAAAACGAAAAUGUUGAAAUUUAUGUUUCUCCUAACUUGUAUAACUAUUGGUAUCCAUUUUUUAGUAACGGCUAAGCAGGCUUCGAAGGUAAUUCCCUAUCACGUCUCGAUACGGAGAGGCAGUUCACAUCUUUGUAGUGGUACUCUCAUUGGAGACAAGUGGAUAUUGACAGUCGCAGAUUGCGUCUACAGCGUCAAAGCCUUUCCUUCCUUAACUGUCGCUGUUGGUACCCUCGACAUCACAAAACCUGGAGAGACAUAUGCCGUGUCUGCGAUUAAAAUACACGAAGAAUAUCGGCCUAAUAGAUUUAAGUACAAUUUUGCCUUGUUAAAGAUUGAUGGAACUAUUCAAUUUAAUGAUAACGUUACGGCCAUUCCUCUGCCUGACAAUCCGACCCAGGAAGGAGCCAGUGUUGAAGCAUCAGGAUGGAAACUUAGCAGGGAUAAAGACCGCACAGAUUUUUUACAAGUGAUAAAGGAGAACACAAUCUCCAACUAUGACUGUAUAAUGAGACACAAAUUCUACAUCGACGAGGAUUCAAUACUUUGCACAGACUAUGAGAAUGGAAUGACCGAAUCAGAUUUUUUCCGUGACCACGGUGGCCCAGUUGUCGAGAGCAAUAAAGUGGUUGGUCUCGUCAUUUCCUACGUGGAUCCAUAUUAUAAGCUGCCUGGAUUCAACUCCAAAGUUGAGGCCGUUAAGGACUGGAUCCAAUCGAAUAUGCAAUAAAAUUGUAUACGAACCAUAGAAUAGUGUGAUUUAAUAAAUAUGGUAUCAAUUUG